AUGUAUACUGUGUCUAUUAGUGAUGAGGGUGACUGUUACCGGUGUUUCCCGCUCGAUCCGGGCAUUGAGACUGCUGCUCUAGGUACUGGUGAGGCUGCUGCCCUAGGUGCUUGCGACGCUGCUGCUCUAGGUGCUAGUGUGUCUUCGUCCUCAGGUACUGGUGAGUCUGCGCUCUCAGUCCUCCCGUGUCCGGCGGCUCCCUCUGGCACCCUGUCUGGUCUCUACCUCCCCUCGUUCUCUACGAACCUGGGCCCUGGCCCUACCUGUGUUCCCUGUGUCGAGGGGCGCCAGCGUGCUGCCCCUCACUCCUCCCAGUUUCCUCCGACAGAGGCCCCGCUGCAGACGCUUCACAUGGACGUGUGGGGCCUAGCCCGCGUCCGUGGGCAGGGUCACGAGCGCUACUUCUUGCUCGUUGUUGACGACUACUCGCGUUACACCGCAGUCUUCCCCUUGCGAAGCAAGGGUGAUGUCACUGAGGUGCUGAUCGACUGGAUCCGCGCAGCUUGUCUCCAGCUCAGGCAGAGCUUUGGCUCGGACUUUCCUGUUCUGCGUCUGCACUCGAAUAGAGGCGGAGAGUUCUCCUCUGGCCUUCUGCGAGCCUACUGUCGUGCACGAGGCAUCCGUCAGACCUUCACGCUUCCGGACUCUCCGCAGCAAAAUGGGAUUGCUGAGCGCCGCAUUGGCAUGGUCAUGGACAUCGCUCGUACGUCUAUGAUGCAUGCGGCUGCCCCCCAUUUUCUGUGGCCGUUUGCGGUGAGGUACGCGGCGCAUCAGAUCAACCUUCACCCCAGGGUCUCCAGGCCGGAGACCUCCCCUGCCUUGCUGUGGACGGGGAAGGUUGGCGAUGCGUCGGCGUUCCGGGUCUGGGGAUCUCGGGCGUUUGUCCGCGACUUGUCUGCGGACAAGCUGUCCCCUCGUGCUGCUCCUUGCGUCUUCCUGGGGUUCCCCCCUGACGCGCCUGGGUGUCGGUCCCCUACUACCGCCUCUUCCCCUACCGCACUCCGUCCCUCCCCCCGCCCCCGCUCUUCCUUGUACCAGGUCCCCCCCCCGGUAGACCCCCUCCCCCCUCAGGGUCCUGCCCCUUCAGGUGUGUCCCAGGUAGACGCAGUCGAGCCUGUUGAGGUCACUGGUGACUCUGGUGCUACUGAGGGUGCUGAGCCUGGGGGUGCUGAGACUGGUGGUGCUGAGCCUGGGGGUGCUGGGCCUGGGGGUGCUGAGCCUGGGGGUGCUGAGUCUGGGGAUGCUACGCCUGUGGGUGCUGAGCCUGGGGGUGCUGAGCCUGGGGGUGCUGGGCCUGGGGUGGCUACGCCUGGGGGUGCUUUGCCUGGGGGUGCUAGGCCUGGGGGUGCUGAGCCUGGAGGUGCUUCGCCUGGAGGUUCUCCGGGUGCUUCGUCUCGCCGGGAGCCACUCUCUCCACAGGAGCUGCACGAGUGGUUUGCUCGGCGCUGGAGCCGUGCUGCUGGUGCUGGAGGUUCUUCGGCUAAUGAGGGUGCUGCUGUCGCGGGUCCCGGAGGUGCUCGUACUAGGAGUACUGGAGCUGCUGGGUCUGCAGGUUCGACUUGA